UCCCGCCCGCCAGCCCCGCCGUCCGUCGGCGCCGCGCGCCCAGCCCGGCAUGGAGCCGGAGUGUCGAGUACUUUCCAUCCAGAGCCACGUCGUCCGCGGCUACGUGGGCAACCGUGCCGCCACCUUCCCGUUGCAGGUGCUGGGAUUCGAAAUCGAUGCUGUAAACUCUGUGCAGUUUUCAAACCACACAGGCUACGCCCACUGGAAGGGCCAAGUGCUGAACUCUGACGAGCUCCACGAGCUGUACGAAGGGCUCCAGCUGAACAAGGUGAACAAAUACGACUACAUGCUCACAGGGUACACCCGAGACGCGUCCUUCCUGGCUAUGGUGGUGGACAUCGUGCGGGAGCUGAAGCAGCAGAACCCCAGCCUCGUCUAUGUGUGUGACCCGGUGAUGGGAGACAAGUGGAACGGCGAAGGGUCCAUGUAUGUUCCAGAAAAUCUCCUUCCGGUUUACAAAGAGAAAGUGGUGCCUGUUGCGGACAUUAUAACUCCCAACCAGUUUGAGGCUGAGUUGCUGAGCGGCAGAAAGAUCCAUAGUCAAGAAGAAGCGCUGGAGGUGAUGGACGUGCUGCACUCUAUGGGCCCCGACACCGUGGUCAUCACCAGUUCCGACCUGCCGUCCCCACGAGGGAGUGACUACCUGAUUGCACUGGGCAGUCAGAGGACAAAGCGGCCUGACGGCUCCGUGGCAACAGAGCGGAUCCGGAUGGAGAUGCACAAGGUGGAUGCUGUCUUUGUGGGCACGGGGGAUCUCUUUGCUGCCAUGCUCCUGGCCUGGACGCACAAGCACCCCAACAACCUCAAGGUGGCCUGUGAGAAGACCGUGUCUGCCAUGCACCACGUCUUGCAGAGAACCAUCCAGUGCGCCAAAGCCCAGGCUGGGAAAGGACAGAAGCCCAGCCCGGCCCAGCUGGAGCUGAGGAUGGUGCAGAGCAAAAGGGACAUCGAGGACCCAGAGAUCGUCGUGCAGGCUGCCGUGCUGUGAGGCCACGCGAGUGCACCGGCCAGCAGCGCACCAACCGUCUGUGUCUUCUUCAUCGUCUUCGUCCCGUGAAAACGUAACGUCUGCCCUCGAGCUGGGCCUGGGAUUUGACUGGAUGCCUGUUGUUCUUCCCGGGGUUUCCGACCUUCCUCCGCUGUUCUGAAUCGGGGAAACGUGUGGGCCACGCUUUGGAAAAAUCAUGAGGUGAUCACA